AUGAUUUGUUCGAUAGAAGUGGUGGAGUAUGCAUUCGGUGGGAAAGAUGAUGCAGGUUUUUACGUCAAGUAUGCUGAGAGAAUGAAGGAUGACGAUAAAAGAAUUCUUCAGUUUUGGAUAACUGAUAAUAAUCCGGCAGCAACAUCACUGCCUGCUGCUCCCAGAGUAGAUCCAUGGCCUCCUGGGGAUGACACCAAUUUUGACUGUUCGUCUAGGACUGCAGACACUAUUUUCAUGUUCUUUGUUCUUACUUCUCCUGGACUAGAAAUAACUCAUUUAGCUGAUGUACUCUGGAAUCCGCAGCGCAAUAACUGCUUGGUUUUACUGAUCUUCUGA